AUUAUGGAAAACAUUAUGAGUUGUAUAAAGAUUACAGGUUGUACCGUCGAAUUAAUCGGGUCCCCAAACAACGAACUCAUCUCAUCAAGUCUAAUUCUCGCCACUUUUUAUGUCAAUUUGUCAUUAUCUCAAAUAGAUAAAAUGGAAAGUAAAGUUCGAUGUGUUGAAGUUCGAAUGAUGCAUAUUUGCAAUAACAUUAAUUACAUCCUACAUCAAUUACUUAUUGUACAAGACACAUAUGGGCAAGAUAUUACGUUUACAAUUGAUUCUGAAGAAUGUCAACAAAGUCUUAAAAAUGUUGAACAUUUUGCAACAGCAUUAGUUGAAGUUGGAUUGAGAUUAUGCGAACAUAUUGCUAAACCGAAAAUCAAUACUGUAACAAGUCCUGCAAACUUUGCGCAUAUGUAUUUAGAUUUCGUGAUUAAGUUUAUCAAUAGGGCGCUUGAGUAUUCUGGUAUAGAAGAAUCAGUUGAAAUCAGAAUGCGUCCCUUGCUUGCGAGUUUGAGAAAUAUAGAAGACUCUUUGUCUUCU